AUGGGGUCUGGGGCAGAGGAGAAGCUGGAGUCGGUAGCCCUUGGACAGUUGGGCGACCAUGGGACAUGGAGUAGGCUUCUGGCAGUUAUCUUGAGGGUGCCUGAAUGCUUUCUCUCCACAGAAUGGAUUGAACGCCAGCGUGCCAAUAACAGAAUUUAUUAUUAUCACCGGAAAUUCCGCCGCGUCCCAGAGCUGACCGAGUGUUUGGAGGAUGAUGUCGUCUGCCACUACGAAGCAGAGAUGCAGUGGAAGAGAGAUUUCUUGGUUGACCAACAAAUUCUGAAGAUAAUAAAGGACCGAGUGGGUCAUUGCAAGGCACUGCACGGAGAGAACGCUGAUCAGAAAUGUGCAAAGGAGGUCCAGCACUAUAAAGAUGUAAUCAAGAUUUACUGGAAUAAAUAUGGUGAUCUCGGCGCCUACGGAACAGCUCGCAAAUGCUUAAUGAAGCAGAAAGAGCAGAUGAUUGCCGAAAGGAAAGCCAGGAAAGCUGCUGAAGCCGAGGUGGCAGCCGAGGAAUAAAGCAAACUGCUACUGGAUCACGACCAUUUGGAAUUGAUUUCCAGUGCAGUCCUCUUUUCUUGUAGCAGAUUAAAAUCACAGUGAGUUCUCACAGAAGUGUUAAAACCUGUACAGACUCAGUGGUGCCGGGGAAAAAUAAACCUACUUGACUAUC